AUGGCUCGCGAAGAGCAGUUUGCCUCUAUCUCCUUUCAGGUCCUGGUGAUUGGCAGCCGUGGCUCGGGAAAGUCUGCAUUCGUCAGAGCCGCUGGGAGCGAGACCGAACGCUCGCAAGAGGAGGAAAUCGCUGAUGGGGUGCAGAUGCGAAAGAUCACCUCCUUGUACAACACCUUCACUACGGUGGUUGAUUUCAUAGAGAUGCCAGCAGACGACAGAUAUGUGUCGCUUCUGCCACAUUUUGGUGGAUCAGCCGCUUGCGUCGCCUUGGUGGUGAACAUCUUGGAUCCUCAUGGCCACACAGAUCUGUGCAACCGCCUUGCUGCUCUGGGAGCACCUCCGCCAUGUGGCUUGCUGGUGGUACAGGGGUCUCUUCCUGCACUCAGUGCUGCCUCUGGUGAGGAAAGAAGACGCCUAGAUCCGUUGCGAGAGGUGGCUUCUCGUUGGGGCUUGAAGUUCUUGCGUUUUGAAAGCAUGGAACAGAUGGAACGUGGACGACUCUUGCAUGCCGUGUGUGAUUUGGUGCUCGGAGAUGUUCCGGAAGGCGCCGAUCCCAUGCACUUGGUGGGUCGCAGAGUGACGCGCAGCUGA